UGCAUUGUGGCCAGGCCAAUCCGCUUCUCGACGGAGGACGAGUCACCGUGACAGUUAGUAGUCGCCAGUCGUCGGCCAGGAAACAUGACGACGGAGGAGAAGUUCAACGCCGCCGUGAACGUGAUCAGGAGUCUGCCGAAAAACGGAGCGUACCAACCCAGCCAUGAGAUUAUGCUGCGUUUUUAUUCAUAUUACAAACAAGCAACUGAAGGACCCUGUCAACAAUCUAAACCCGCAUUCUGGGAGGUAAUAAAGAAAGCAAAAUGGGAUGCAUGGACACGUCUUGGCAAUAUGAGCCGUACAGAAGCCAUGAAUAAUUAUGUGGAGGAAUUGAAGAAAAUUGUCGAGACGAUGUCUUACACAGAUAAUGUGGCAACGUUUCUCGGCAGUUUGGAUUCUUUUUAUGAAAGCGUACCAGCUGAAGAUUUGGAAUUACUCGUGGGACCAGUACUGGAGCGUAUACGCUCUCAACCGGGAUCGCCAUUGUCUGGUUCACCAUUAGUGUCGAGAGAAACAUCACCUCACAGAGUAAUGAAUGCUUCUCGGCACAUAACGAGUAGUUUGGAAACCAGCCCGACCAGCAGCCGCACCGCGAGCCCGCUGCCACAGGACACUGAUGGCGAAGAAGAGGAAUUUAUAGAUACUGUUGAAUCAGCGCCGGAGAGAGCGCAAAAAGAUGCACUUAAGUCCACUAUUGCUUCUCAAAAGAUACAAACUACAGCAAAGAACGGAAUUGAUCAUUCAAGUACAGAAAAUGUUAUAAAAGAGAACACUGAAUUAACUAAUGGAUACAGCAACACUAACGGUCACGCGGAGACGAUAUCGGAGAACCAUAGAGAGAGAAGUAGACAGAGAACGAAGAAAGAUGACAAUAAAGCCAAUGCAGAAUUCCUGAAUCAAAUCGCGACAACUAUGCAGCAUCUACAGAGAGAUCUAGAUCGCAUAACGGCCAGAGUACGAGGUUUGGAAGGGCAAGCUUUACAAGCACUGGCACCUCCGACAGAGCACACUGUUAGACGAAAGUAUCUGAAAUGGUGGCCGUUGCAAGAAUGUCCGCCGCGUCUAUUCGUUUUACUAAUCUUAUGGCCAUUUGUUGCUCACUUACUGAUCAACUUUAUGCAGCGUUAUCGCCAACGAAGACUAUGAUGUCACGAUUAUCAUUCCUACGCAGCUGAGCACACAUUUUCCAGUGUUUGGAUUAUUAAUAUUGAGUUAUAGUCUACGUACACACAGAUUUUUGUUUAAUUUUAUAUUCCUUAUAGAGACAAAGCUGUCCUAAUGCAAUCUACGAUUACAUUAGUAAACGUGAAUUGUGAUAAAAAUGACUAGAUCAAUCUCUGUAUAUUUUUGCAUAUGCGGCCUGUUUCGGAAGUUGCACUUUCUCUCGCCUGUAGAUUCACUGCUGAAUAACGGGUUGAUUGAUCCACAGCGAAAGUUUGAUUGAAAGACACUUCUGCAGCUAUGUUAAAUAACAGAUAUAUGACUUAAUAUUUUG